UUGAGUCAAAGCAACGAUGGUGUCAGUGACGAUGACUUUGUUUCUACCCGCAGCACUGCUGCUGCUCAUGCUGCACUGCAGCUCCGCCGAGGAGCCCAUCUAUCGAUUGUGUGUGCCUCAAAUCUAUUUGAGUGAUUGCCAAAAAUUGCUCGCCGAUCCCUCGGAAGCGGGAAUACGCAUGGAGUGCGUUGCUGGACGAGAUCGUGUCGAUUGCCUCGAGCUGAUCGAACAGCGCAAAGCGGAUGUGCUAGCCAGCGAACCGGAGGACAUGUACAUGGCCUAUCAUCGCAAGAAUGAGGAUUAUCGCGUCAUCUCCGAGAUACGUACUCAGGAGGGUAAAGAUGCCAACUUCCGUUAUGAGGGCAUUAUCCUGGUGAAGAAGACAUCCCCCAUCAAGUCGCUGAAGGAGCUGCGAGGCGCCAAGUCGUGCCACACUGGAUUCGGCCGCAACGUCGGCUACAGGAUUCCGAUUACCAAGCUGAAGAACACGCACGUCCUGAAGGUGUCUGCUGAUCCGGAGAUCUCGGCCACUGAGCGUGAGUUGAAGGCGUUGUCCGAGUUCUUUUCGCAGUCGUGCUUGGUGGGAACCUAUUCGGCGCAUCCGGAUACGGACCGUCUGCUGAAGAAGAAGUAUCCGAAUCUGUGCGCACUCUGCGAGAAUCCCACACAGUGCAACUAUCCGGACAAGUUCAGUGGCUACGACGGCGCCAUACGCUGUCUGGACAAGGGACAAGGUGAGGUGGCCUUCACCAAGGUGCAGUACAUCAAGAAGUACUUCGGCUUGACGGGCGAUGCGACGGCCCCGGCGGCAGAGGGCAAACCCGAGGACUUUGAGUAUCUGUGUGAGGAUGGCUCGCGUCGUCCCGUUACUGGACAGGCAUGCUCCUGGGCCCAACGUCCCUGGAUCGGCUACAUCUCCAACGAGCAAGCUGUGCACGGUGCCGAGAAGCUGCACCAGCUGCAGGCGCGUCUGGAGCGAUUCUUCUCGAAUGGUCUCCAUGCUGAGAACAAAGAUGCCGCCGCCCAUUUGCUCAUCCAGCCGAAUGCAUUCUAUCACAGCAAACCGGAGCCCGUUGAUCCCAAGGUCUAUCUGGAACGUGCCGGCUACAAGGAUGUGAUUGAACGUGACGGCAGCGCCAUCCGUAAGAUGCGUCUUUGCGUCCAACGGGACACAGAGCUGGCUAAGUGCGAGGCUCUCCAUCGUGCCGCCUACGCCCGCGAUGCUCGCCCAGAACUCGAGUGCGUCCAGUCCACCGACUGCGUUGAAGCCCUGGCCAGCCACAAGGCCGAUGUUACGGUUGUUCCAGCUGCCAACUAUGCCGAUGCACGGUCGAGCAAGUUGAUCCCUCUGGUAUAUGAGCAGUUGCCGGCUGAGAAGCUCCUGGUGGCCGUUGCUCCGCCUACCCUCAGCAAGGAUGCACUGCAAAAGGCGCCCAUCAAAUACGAGGCGAACUGUGAACGUGCUCGUCUCAGUGCCGCCCUCUUGAACAAGCGCCGCAACUUGGACUAUUGCAACACCGUGUCCAGCAAGGAGGAGCAGCUGCUGAUUGUGCCCGCUGAUGAGCUGGAGAAGCACAAGGACUGGCAAUUGGUCUGUCCCACUUUGGAGCGUCGUCCGGUCACCGAUUUCGCCAGUUGCAACGUUGAGGUGCAGUUGCCACAUGCCAUCUUUACCCGCGACGAUGCCACCUCCGUCGAACAGGAGACCAUCAAGCAUCUGUUCUCGCUCAUCUCGGAGAGAUUUGGUGACCACGGCAAGUUCGUCGAUGUCUUUGCGCUAUUCCAUGAAUUCCAAAAGGGCGAGAAGGAUGUCAUCUUCAGCGAUGAUGCCGCCGAGCUGGUCACACAGCUGAAGAGCGACUUCCAGAACGAGCACAUCUACAACGAGCUCAAGUGCGAUGGCAACAAGAUUUCCAAGCAGUAAGCCGUAGGAGGCGUGGCAGCAACGCCCUCACUAAUAACUAUAGUUAUGGAUAUGCAUACUCAUUUUUUUUUUUCUUCUGAAUAUACAUACGAGAAAAUUAUA